AUGGGCCAGCAGCUUGGGGGCGCGAGGGGUCCCGCUGCGACCGAGCAAUCCCAGGAGGGACUUUUAGGCUCCCAGGAGGGCCCGGCUACUCGCAAAUCCCGGAGCCCGGAGCCCGGAGCGCGGCCCGCACCCCGCCGGGCGCCUGCGACCCGGUCCGCAGCAGCGGGAGCCGGAGCCCCGGGACCACAGCUGGCUUCGGCUUCCCCGCAGGCGGGUCCCGCCCACAGUCCCCGGCGGAGCGGUGGCCGGCGGGCGGGCGCCAUGCAGAGGGACGGCGGCCAGGCUGCGGAGCCCCUCUUCCUGCCUCCUGGCAGUGCAGGUGACCUGUUCCGAGGGAGCUCUGUGAUCUGGACCCACAGCCGUAACCUGGCCUCUCUGCCCGUGCAGCCAGACACGAUGGCCGACCCAGGAGACACAAAGGAGCAGGACACAGAGGAGCCCAAGAAACGGAAAGGAGGGUGGCCAAAAGGCAAGAAGAGGAAGCCCUCCAGGGACCUGUCUGUGCCCCGAGCACCCACGACAGGGUACGUGAUUUUCCUAAAUGAGCAGAGAAGCCAGCUGCAGGCCGAACACCCUGACCUGCCUUUCACGGAAAUAACGAAACUGCUGGCCACCCAGUGGGCACAGCUGCCUCAGGAGAGGAAGCAAAGGUACAUUUACCAAGCUGAUGAGGAUAAACAGCGCUACAUCCGCGAGCUGCAGGCCUACCAGAGCUCCGAGGCCUACCGGGCCUUCCUGCGGAGGCGGGCGGCCCACGAGGCUCUUUGCGGGACCCCAGGAGACGCAGUAGAGAGCGAGCAGCUGGACUUCUCAGCCAUCGACGGCACGGGAGACGGGGACCUGCACUGCCGCACCUGCCACCAGUGCUUCAGCUCCCGGCACAACAAGAGGGAGCACCUGCUCGGCCGGCAGCACCUGCACAACCUCACAGGGGAAUUCGAGAAGGACUCGGCCGAGUACCUGAGACACCUGGAACCUCCAGAGGAAGAGGAAAGCCAGGAUUUGCACCCAGCUGAGUCAGAGGAGGAAGCCGAGGGUGCCAGUGUGCUUGGGCUUGGGGCUCUGGCUCCAGGGAAGAGCUUUGCCUCCCUCGACCUGCGCUUCUGGCAAGAAUUUAUCUGGAAACUGCUGAACAUGAAGGAAUUCGAGCUGGGGGAGCUGCGCAGCACCCUGGAAAGAGCCCAGGCGGAGCAGGAGGCCCUUCAGAGGCAGCUGGCAGAGUUUCAGAGCCAGCAGCAGAGACUGGAGGUGGAGCUGGCCGGGCUGCGGACGUGCGGGCUGGUGCUGCAGAAGGAGCUGGAGAACCUUAACUUGCUGCUGCUGCUGUCCUGCUUCGGCCUGCAGGCGGCGGAUACAGUGGUGACCCUGGGCACUCUGGGGACAGGUGGGAUGCCAGGAGGGGCUGGCUGUCACCCAGGUGUGCUUUUGUGAGUGUCCUUCUGGUGCUGGAGCCGGACUGGGCCUGUGCAAUGUGGAAGAAGCGGCCCUCUGGACGCCUUCAGUGAUGUCCAACAAGCACCCUGGCUCCCGUUCCUUCUCGACUCCAAUCACUUACUUCCUGUGCCCUCGAGGCCCCACCCGCUUCAGUUCGUGCAUCUCUGAGCAACUCCCACCUGCAUGCCCUGGACUGGGCCUUGUGAGCUCACAGAGCUCAAAGGGGUGGCACCCGGGUCACUCAGGGGUGCAGGGUGACACUCUCCUGCCACCUUCGCUUUGGGCCCGAGGGGUGUGGGGAGGGCUCAUCCUUCCAAACGCAGUCACAGCAGGGCUCUGAGCUCUGUCCCAGCUGCAGAGCAUGACAGCUUUGCACCACUGGGGACAGGAGCAGGGACUAAUGAGCAGGGUCCUUUGUGCAUGGUCCUGUGCUGUUUUGCUCCCCUCCUGACUCUGCAGCAUGAAGCCCAGUCCCAGGGCAGCACCCAUGGGACCCCAGGAUGUGCCCCAGGCACCCCGGUGGGAGAGGGCAGAAGGUCUCAGGGCCUCAGAGGGACAGUCAGGCAGAGAGGAAUAAACUAUAUGUGAGCAGCA